CGCGCGCCUCCUCUCCACGCUUCAGACGUGCGGCCACAUCAGACGGACACUUUUCUAAGAAACAACCGCCAAGUGAAAUAAUCUUUCUCUUCGUUAACUGGCGGGUCUUCUGUCCCAACUUUUGCGAACGAUUAUCUGCGAGCACAAGGAGGGAUUAACCGGGAGGACCGCGGAGGGAUGGAGCGGUCCCGUUAAAGUUCAAGGCUCAAGAGAAGCUGAAUCUGUCGGCGGCCCCUCCGGUUCCCUGUCCCCGCCUCCGAGGCCAUGGGCUGCGGCUUGCGGAAACUUGAAGACCCGGAGGACAGCAGCCCCGGGAAAAUCUACUCCACGCUGAAGAGACCCCAAGUGGAGAGCAAAACGGAGACCGUGUACGAGUACGUGCUGCUGGACUUCAGUUUGGAAGGUAGCCGUCCGACAGUGCAGUAUGUGGCUUCACUUUCCGAGCUGCCUCAAGCCCUGCAGCCCUACUACACGCAAGGCUAUGUCCUGACCGCAUUGCACCCCAUCAUACUGUCUGUGGGCCGAACCCGCUCACUGCCCUUCAGCCUGCUGUACCGUGCCAUCCUGGCCCGUCCCAGACCCAGUAAGCAGAUGGCGUCCAUGUGUCACAGUGUGCCUAUGUUGAAGGUGGAGGAGUGGCCAUUACCUGGAGACUCACUGACGGGUGACACGGUCAGAGCGCUCAUUGACAGGGUGAACAGCAGUGCUCGUGGGGGUGUUCGAUUUGUCGGCUCGGUCCUCCAGCAGACGAGCGGGAUCACCAAUGGCAGGGUAAACAGUCCGAAGAGGGGCUGUCGAUCCCCUCCACAUACCCCUCCUGGUACACCGCCUGGAGACAGAGAGCUGGAGGAAAACACCUACAGUCCUGACUUGAGGUUGCUGGUCUUCUUCCACUCCUGGGCUCCGGGCUGCGCUCCUCUGGACUCACUGGCCUGUCAGUACCACCAGGGGGCGCUCUCCAUGCGUGUGUCCAGGAAGGGCCAGGUGGUCAGCUCCUUGGAAGCUGAUUGGCUGGAGCUGACUGCCGCCUACUACCGCAAAGGCUGGUCAUUGGUGGACUCGUUCGUCUACUGGGACACACCUAAAGGCGAGCCAGUGCCCAGAUCGCUGGAGGGACUGUUUGUGUAUGAGGAGAGAAGCACCUGUCCUCCUGCCAACGACACCAUCGUCGUAGAGCAGUGGACUGUCAUCGAGGGCUCCAAUGUAAAAACAGACUACGGGCCCCUCCUUCACACUCUGGCUGAGUUUGGUUGGCUGCUCACAUGUGUGCUGCCCACUCCCAUCAUCCGACACGACAGUGAUGGGAAUCUGGCCACAAAGCAGGUUGUGUUUCUCCAGAGGCCGGUCAGAGGGCAGGCGGCUGGACAACUGAGUAACCAGGCUUUGUCUCUGCACAGCGCCGUGUCCAGUCGCUCUGUAAGUCGUGCGAUCAGCAGCCCCGUCCCUCCGGAGGAGCUGUCUCCAACUGCUGCAGGAGGCAUCGCAGGCUUCCCGGUGUUCGGAGGGGGGUAUCCCAGCGCCAUGUCCCAUCUGGAGGAAGGUGGCUUCGAACAGGAAGAAGGGAAAGCUGAAGUCACCUGCAUGUAAGCAGGAAGUUACAGACGUAUGCAGCUUCCAUCCCAGACUCACGUGGAGGAUUUAAACGUUGUUGGAUUACAGAAGAGAUGAUCAGACUAUUCAUUCGCCAUCACAUUUGUGACCCUUUGCUUUUAACAGACUUUAAUGUAGAAGAACUCGGCACUUUUAAAAAUGUUUUUAAUGAAGCCAUAAUGAGCGUGAGGGAUUAUUUAGAAGUGGAUCUAUGUCCAAACAUUUAUACAGAUUUGUUGUGGAGACAAACAAAUCCAUGAGGAGACACUUUCCACAUUUAUAUCAAUGUUUAGGUUUAUCUUUUCUCCAAUCUCUGAUCGGUUCAGGUGCUCAUUGACAAUUUGUUACGAUACUAUAAAGCACAAACACUUGCACAGAUGUCUGCACAUUAUGGAAACGACACUGGUGGUAAAAUUAGGUGGAAGGGGCUCUACUUUCUUUUGGGCCCAGCUCACACGUCUCACAAUUUUGAUUUGGUUCUCACCUUUUUCCCUGUCCCUCCAAGAUGUUUAAACACCUUCACAUCAACUUCCCCCUAACGUUCUCACAUGUGAAAGCGACACAGUUCAGGCAGCGCUUUGUCCUCGCAGCUCCUCUCCUCUCCUCUCGUGUAGUCUGGGGCAGGAUGUGAAUAUUUAUCAGGGAGGCUCCGCAUUGGUGCAUGGUGACAUUCGAUAUGUUAACCCUACUGGCCUCAGUGAAGGUGCUAGCUGCCUAAAAUAGUACAUUUGUUCAGGUAACAGUACUUCUCUGUGGAGGGUCUGGGGGAUUUUAGAGUUCUGUGGACUCACAGUAAGGUGCUAUGAUUAACUUUCCUCUGUUGUAAACUGGAGAUCACAGCUUGUAACAUCUGCGCAAAGGACCCCACACACCCACCUAAAGUUUAGUCUGACUGGUGCCAUUUCUUUAUCAUUCUGGAAAUGGUUACUGCUAAUCAUGCAUACGUUUUGAAAGUAUUACCAGUAUUUAAUAUUUGAGGAUAUCAGUGUACAUGUUCAGUCACAAUUGCUGCUUACUGCUUUACAGCGUAUAUGGUACUGGCAAUACACCUGUUACCUUCUCUGUAACGGAUAAGUAAGAUCUUAAAACAGAAAUGCAUUAUUAUAUUGAAACGAUGACAACUGUAUGUUUUUUAAAAGUGGUACUCCACCGAUUAUACACACCAGAGUGUGUUUACAGGUCACUGGAAGUGCUGCUGUGUAUGUGGGAAAAGUUGCAUAAAGCCUUUAGUGGUUCCAGUAAAGACUGACUGUCAGGUAGAAAGUUAGAAAGUAUCCCGCUCCUCAUCUCUGUUGAUGGCUACCCAUAUCUCUGAACUGCCAGCGGCUGAGUUGCAUUGUGGGUAACGUAGGUGGCAGGUUUUGACAAGGAAGAAGAAUGUGGAACAAAAAUGACUUCAUCUCCAGGUUCUGCUGCAUCAGUUUAUAGUUUUUAAAGUGUUGUGAGUCAGACAAUGUAAAAGGAGUGCAAAAGCUAAAUCGGUGGAGUACUGUUUCAAAGCUAUGAAAGGGAUUCACUUGCUUCUUAAAGAGGACACAGUGCUGUUGUAUAUUGAUUAGAUGUUAAGUGUUGCGAAUUUGGGGUUUCGACUAAUUGUAAUGCAUGUUACUGAUUUGAAAGGGAUAAAAUGCACCGAAAGUAUAGUUUAGGUAUUCCAGUGAUGUACAUGCUGCCCAUGUUUGAGUCAUACAUGUUUUAAAUGAAUGUAUUUAGCACCACAAACAUCCCCCAUCAGGGUUUAUUAAAUGUCAGUAUUAAUUUGCCAGACUUUCCCUUUUUGGAGACAUUGUUUCCUUUUAUCAAUUGUGUUUUUAUUAUUGUAUUAAACACAUCUCCCAUGGU